AUGGCUCUCUUUUCAGGCAUGUCCAUCAGGGGGCCCCCGGGUGGCCCCCAAAGCAGCACGGGGGCCCCCCCCAGCAGCACGGGGGGCCCCCCCAGCAGCACGGGGGGCCCCCCAAGCAGUACGGGGGCCCCUGGGAGCAGCAGCGGGGGCCCCCAGGCCCCAGCGGCAAGAGCAGCAGCAGCGCUGGAGGCCUCUGCAGCAGAUGCAGGGGGCCCCCACGCACACCCUGCAGCACACCAGCAGCAGCAGCAGCAGCAGCAGCAGCAGCAGCAGCAGAGGCCAGCAGCAGCAGCAGAUGGCAACGCCUUCACCCGUGCUGCUUCUUCUGCCUUUUCAUUUCUUUUCAAAGGGGGGGCCCCCACUCCCCAGGACCCUCCCCAGGGCCCCCAAAUCCAAACAGGGUACAGUGCCCCGAGGGGGCCCCCUCAGAUGGGGGGCCCCCCUAUGGGGGCCCCCCAGAUGGGGGGCCCCCAGCUGGGGGGCCCCCUGGUGGGGGGCCCCCCUAUGGGGGCCCCCCAGGUGGGGGGCCCCCAUGUGGAGGCCUCUGGGGGCCCCCCAGGGCAGUUCGGGAGACUCUUCCAGCAGCAGCAGCAGCAGCAGCAGCAGCCGCAGCAACAGUACUACUACCAGCAGCAGAUGCAACAGCCGCAGCCGCAGCAGCUGCAGCAGCAGCAGCAGCAGCAAUAUCCACAGGCAGCAGCAGCACAGCAGUCCUGGGGGGUUUCUCUAGGGCCCUCCUCAGCUAUGCCGCAGCACAGCCUGCCUGCAGCAGCAGCAGCAGCAGCAGCAGCAGCAGCAGCAGCAGGCAGCGGCGAAGAUGCCUUUGAGCUGCUGCAGCAUGCGCAUUCUGCUGCCUCAAGGGGCCCCCUGGGGGGCCCCCAGGGGGCCCCGCCCUGCCUUGAGACUCUUCCAGAGUCCCUGUUUGCUGCUGCUGCUGCUGCUGAAGCAGCUGCUGCUGCGGGGCCCCACAACCCGCUGGGGGCCCCUGCUGCAGCUUUUCUGCAGCCAUCUAAAAUCCAAAGAAAGCCCAAGAAGUCUGUGCUGCCAGGGGUCGCUGGGUGGCAGCAGCAGCAGCAGCAGCUGCAGCAGCAGCAGCUGAUGCAGCAGCAGCAGAUGCAGCAGCAGCAGCAGAUGAACCAGUACUAUAACGAGCAGCAGCAGCAGCUGCUGCAGCAGCAAAUGCAGCACGGACUGCAGCAACGGCCUCACGACGACCCGCAGCCGUACCCCCACCUCACACCGCAGCAGCAGCAGCA